AUGGGAAAAGCUUCAGACUUCAAAAGUAAAGAAGAUUGGGUCGCUUUCAAUGUUGUGUUAGCCUUGAUACUCUAUGGGAUUGUCUUGUUCCCGAACAUUGAUGACUUCGUGGACAUGACUGCUAUACGCAUUUUCUUGCUCAAGAAUCCCAUUCCCACCUUGCUUGCAGAUGUUUAUCACUCCAUUCAUUGGAGAAAUGAGAAGAAGGGGGGGAUGAUCCAGUGUUGCGCUCCUUUACUGUAUAAAUGGUUCUUAUCUCACUUACCAAGCGAAGGGCCUUUUGUUCAGAACAAGGAUAACCUCAAGUGGUCUAAAAAAAUCAUGUCUCUCACUGCCAAUGACAUCACCUGGUACUCUCGUGUUUAUGAUGAUGUGGACAUAAUCAUCAAAUGUGGCAACUUCCAUAAUGUGCCACUCAUAGGAACUCGAGGUUGCAUCAAUUACAAUCCUGAGCUUGCUAUGCGACAACUUGGGUUUCCUAUGAAUGACAAACCAGAAGACAAGUUGUUAGAAGGUUUCUUGCUGGGAGAAGGAGUGAAGGAGUUUGAUCUGGUGAAGAGGAUAGGUCUGGUUGCUAGAGGGCCAUAUACAAGUUUAGUCCAAGCCAGAGCUUCUCAAGACAAACUACCUUACCCUUAUGAGCCUCCAAUGCAUACAAAUCCUCCAGAACCUACUCACGUCACUAUGGAGGAAGCUAAAGAGCUUAAAGUUGUCAUCCAAAGUUUGGAAAAAGAGAAUAAAGAGCUACGGUUGAACCUUCUCCGGAUUACUGAAGAAAGGGAUAAUCAUAAGUGGGAGCUUGGGCGGAAGAAAACACAACUUCAAGCAAAUGUAGAAAGGACUGAUAAGGAGGAAUAUAAGAGAAAAAGAGUCAAACAAGGGUUAGAUCAGGUUGAGAGCUACUUGAAUACCGUCAAAAGCCAACUGAAAGAGGCUGAGAGGGAUUGUCGUGAGAAAGAGAAAUGGUGGAACCUCGCCACAAAACAAAAGAAGGAGAUAAGAGAGACGCUUGAGGCUGAGAUAGCCAACCUCAGUGUUUCACUCUGUGAAUCAAAAGAAAGGGAAGAAUGA